GUAUUAUUUUUAAGAAGGAGAACAUAAAACAAUUAGCACCAGUGGUCUAGUGGUAGAAUAGUACCCUGCCACGGUACAGACCCGGGUUCGAUUCCCGGCUGGUGCAAAAGAGCUGUGAAGAUUUAGGCUUCAGCGAUGGUUGGGUCCAUCGCAUUCAUCUGAUAUCUUGGAUGUGGAAUUUGCCAUACACUGAGCUCUUCCUUUUUUUAAUUCCUUCUGAACAGUACAAGUCGGUGAUAGACUGAUAGCUGGAGAAAUCUUUAUCAUUUUUCUAAUAUCUUGGAUGUGUAAUUUGCCAUACACUGAGCUCUUGCUUUUUUUUUAUUCCUUUUUUUCUAUCAUUUCUGAACAGUACAAGUCGGUGAUAGACUGAUAGUUGGAGAAAUCUUUAUCAUUUUUGGAUGGAAAUGGCUACUGUGUUGUCGAAUCACUAAUCUUGAUUUCGUAAACACAUACCGUAGCAAACCAAAAAUUGAUUAAUUUUAUUGCGACUGUUUUUUUGUGAUAAAAUAGACUGCAACUGUUAUUUCUUUGACGGACACCAUAGCAGCAUAGAGACUAGACUCUCAUCAUGAGGAGUCCGUCCACUGCAAAGACCUCAUCAGUGUGACAAGGAAGAUCUUGCUUUAAUUAAUAAUUUAAUAACAAGGAUGAUAGACCCGUGCAGAUGCACUAGGCAGAGAGAAUGGUAAUAGCUUAUCUGACAGGAAUCUCUAGGAUUGAGGAUCCGAACCGUAUUUUUGUGUGUACUUCAGAGAGGCAACGAUGAGAGAGCUUUUGCCUCAUAAUCUUAAAUCUUUUGUUUGGAUCAUUUUCUUGAACAAAAUGUAAAAUUAUUCAUCAGAAAAAAAGUUUUUCUUACAACGAAUGCAUCCUUUGUUUAAGAACAACAUUUAGAUCUUCAGAGGUAGGGUAGAGAUAGUGGAUCAUAGCUUAGUUAUGUUCAUCCAAGUUCAUUAUAAGAAGCAGAUUCAGUUUAGUUGUGCGCAAGUGAAGAGUUUAUUUUAAUUAUGGUUGUAUAGAUUACACAGAAAACUACUUAUUUGGGUGAUUUGUUUAUUUUCCAAAUAUAAAUACAUUUAUUACAGGAUAUUAAUACAUCAAAGGAUCAUGAACUUUUCUUUAUCACUUUGGUUCACGUCGGCCGUCCUGAUCUAAUUCAUAAACCGUUCUGAAGAUCCCCUAUGAUCUAGUGCCCCAGGUUAUGACACUUAGAAGGAUAAGUGGCACUUGAGUUCUGAGAUACUAACACGUGGGUAUAAAUACUAGCUUCCAUAGAACUAAACCCAAUCCAAUCUUUGUCCGGACACAAGACAUCACUGUACAGAGAUGCUGUCAAAUUUAAAUUGUGUGCUACUAUUGUUUGUAUAAGAAUCUUUUUUUUUUGUUUGACUAAAUUUUUGCAUUAAAAUAUAAAGGUAGCUAGAAGGCUUUUGUUAGCCCCUUCUAGUGAUUACAAAAUAAAUCAUUUGUAUAAUAUAUUAUCCUCUGUAGGCAUGUGCGUGUAUAUAAAUUCAAAUGAGUCAUCAUUUUGAAUCUGAUUCACCACACCUUCUACAUGGCAUCAGAACAACAAAUCUUCGAUGGAACACAAGAGGAGUCCUCAAAUCCUCACUCUCCAUCCAUGCAUGAACUAGAAGCCUUAACCGACAAGACUAUUCUGAGCCACCAAGACGAGGCCAAGAUAGCGUCAACAGAGUUCGAGAACAUUCAGAAACGGUACCAAGAUCUAAUCGCCAAGCUGCCUCACGCGAAAGGAUGGUUUGAGAAGGCUCCGUUCAUCGGGUACUGUGGUCACUGGAUCAUAGAGCCUCUCCUUGCAGGUUGCCUUCACGCUCAAGACUUCUUCCAAGCACGACCCGUUGACUUUUUCAUCUGUAGCUACCCAAAGUCAGGCACCACUUGGCUCAAAGCCCUAGCUUUCUCUAUCGUCAACCGAUCUCGCUUCGACGAUUCCUCGAACCCUCUCCUCAAACGUAACCCUCACGAGCUUGUUCCCUUCAUUGAGAUCGAAUUUGCUUUCUUUCCUCAAGUUGAUGUUCUCAAAGACAAAGGGAACACUCUCUUUUCGACUCAUAUGCCGCACGGGUUACUACCCGAAUCGAUUUCGAACUCUGGUUGUAAGAUGGUUUACAUAUGGAGAGACCCCAAAGACACUUUCAUCUCCAUGUGGACUUUCUUCCAAAAGCAAAAGUUUGGAAGUGGUCCUCUCAAUAGUCUUGAGGAGUGUUUUGAUAUGUUCUGUCUAGGUUUCUCAGGGUACGGUCCUUAUCUAGAUCAUGUCAUGUCUUAUUGGAAAGCUUAUCAAGAGAAUCCAAAUAAGAUUUUGUUCCUCAAGUACGAGACGAUGAGAGAGGAUCCUUUGCCACAUGUGAAGAGAUUAGCUGAGUUUAUGGGUUAUGGAUUCACAGCUGAGGAAGAGGAGAAAGGGGUUGUUGAGAAAGUUGUGAAUCUUUGCAGCUUCGAGACGUUGAAGAAUCUUGAAGCCAACAAAGGAGAGAAAUAUAGAGAGGACAUUCCUCUUAAUGCGUAUAAGAACAGCGCCUAUUUCAGGAAGGGGAAGGUUGGAGACUGGCAGACCUAUCUGACUCCAGAGAUGGCAGCUCGAAUCGAUGGAUUGAUGGAAGAGAGAUUCAAGGGCACAGGUUUGCUUGAACACUUUUAGUGACCACUUAGUGUUUGGGGGCAAUGACUGAUCCUUGUAUGCUACGUCUACUUACGGCACAAGUUUGCUUAUAAAAUGUAAGAAGACUAAUAAGUUAUAUACUGGAGGAAUAAAAUGUUGUUUCUGUUUUCAUCCAAA